GGAGGGGGGGUGGCUCUGGCCGAGCCGGGAGCUGCGAUUCCCGCCCGAGCGUUCGCAGGCCCCGUGUCCGCCGCGGGUUUCCGUAGCCCGCCCUCCCCAGGGCUCCCGGCAGCCCCCCAGCCAUGGGGUUCCUGAAGCUGAUCGAGAUCGAGAACUUCAAGUCUUACAAGGGGCGGCAAAUCAUCGGGCCCUUCCGGAGGUUCACGGCCAUCAUCGGGCCCAACGGCUCCGGCAAGUCGAACCUCAUGGACGCCAUCAGCUUCGUGCUGGGCGAGAAGACGAGCAACCUGCGGGUGAAGACGCUGCGGGACCUGAUCCACGGGGCGCCCGUGGGCAAGCCGGCUGCCAACCGGGCCUUCGUCAGCAUGGUGUACUCCGAGGAUGGGGCCGAGGACCGCACCUUCGCCCGCGUCAUUGUGGGGGGCUCGUCGGAAUACAAGAUCAAUAACAAAGUGGUGCAGCUCAGCGAAUACAGCGAGGAGCUGGAGAAACUGGGGAUCCUCAUCAAAGCCAGGAACUUCCUCGUCUUCCAGGGGGCGGUGGAGUCGAUCGCCAUGAAGAACCCCAAGGAACGCACAGCGCUGUUCGAGGAGAUCAGCCGCUCGGGGGAGCUGGCCCAGGAGUACGACAAGCGCAAGAAGGAGAUGGUGAAGGCCGAGGAGGACACACAGUUCAACUACCACCGCAAGAAGAACAUCGCGGCUGAGCGCAAGGAGGCCAAGCAGGAGAAGGAGGAGGCGGACCGGUACCAGCGCCUGAAGGAUGAGGUGGUGCGGGCCCAGGUCCAGCUGCAACUCUUCAAGCUGUACCACAACGAGGCUGAGAUCGAGAAGCUCAACAAGGAGCUGGGCUCCAAGAACAAGGAGAUCGACAAGGACAAGAAGCGCAUGGACAAGGUGGAGGAUGAGCUCAAGGACAAGAAGAAGGAACUGGGCAAGAUGAUGAGGGAGCAGCAGCAGAUCGAGAAGGAGAUCAAGGAGAAGGACUCCGAGUUGAACCAGAAGCGGCCACAGUACAUCAAGGCCAAGGAGAACACCUCUCACAAAAUCAAGAAGCUGGAGGCGGCCAAGAAGUCGCUGCAGAACGCCCAGAAGCAGUACAAGAAGCGCAAAGGCGACAUGGACGAGCUGGAAAAGGAGAUGCUGUCGGUGGAGAAGGCUCGGCAGGAGUUUGAGGAGCGCAUGGAGGAGGAGAGCCAGAGCCAGGGGCGAGACCUCACCCUGGAAGAGAACCAGGUGAAGAAAUAUCACCGGCUGAAGGAAGAAGCCAGUAAAAGAGCUGCCACGCUAGCCCAGGAGCUGGAGAAAUUUAACCGGGACCAGAAAGCAGAUCAGGACCGGCUGGACCUGGAGGAGAGGAAGAAAGUGGAGACUGAGGCCAAGAUCAAGCAGAAGCUGCGGGAGAUCGAGGAGAACCAGAAGCGGAUUGAGAAACUGGAGGAAUACAUCGCUACCAGCAAGCAGUCGCUGGAGGAGCAGAAGAAGCUGGAGGGGGAGCUGACGGAGGAGGUGGAGCUGGCCAAGCGGCGCAUCGACGAAAUCAACAAGGAGCUGAACCAGGUGAUGGAGCAGCUGGGGGACGCCCGCAUCGACCGGCAGGAGAACAGCCGCCAGCAGCGCAAGGCCGAGAUCAUGGAGAGCAUCAAGCGCCUCUACCCCGGCUCCGUGUACGGGCGACUCAUCGACCUCUGCCAGCCCACGCAGAAGAAAUACCAGAUCGCGGUCACCAAGGUGCUGGGCAAGAACAUGGACGCCAUCAUUGUGGACUCGGAGAAGACGGGCCGUGACUGCAUCCAGUACAUCAAGGAGCAGCGGGGCGAGCCGGAGACCUUCCUCCCCCUGGACUAUCUGGAGGUGAAGCCCACGGAUGAGAAGCUGCGAGAGCUGAAGGGGGCCAAGCUGGUGAUCGACGUGAUCCGCUACGAGCCGCCCCACAUCAAGAAGGCCCUGCAGUACGCCUGCGGGAACGCCCUGGUGUGUGACAACGUGGAGGACGCCCGGCGCAUCGCCUUCGGGGGUCACCAAAGGCACAAGACGGUCGCCCUGGACGGCACCCUGUUCCAGAAGUCGGGGGUGAUCUCCGGAGGCGCCAGCGACCUGAAGGCCAAGGCCCGCCGUUGGGAUGAGAAGGCCGUGGAUAAGCUGAAGGAGAAGAAGGAGAGGCUGACAGAGGAGUUAAAGGAGCAAAUGAAGGCCAAACGCAAAGAGGCUGAGCUGCGGCAGGUACAGUCCCAAGCCCACGGGCUGCAGAUGCGGCUGAAAUACUCCCAGAGCGACUUGGAACAGACCAAGACGCGUCACCUCGCCCUGAACCUCCAGGAGAAGUCAAAGCUGGAGAGCGAACUGGCUAACUUUGGGCCCCGCAUCAACGACAUCAAGCGAAUCAUCCAGAGCCGGGAGCGGGAGAUGAAGGACCUCAAGGAGAAGAUGAACCAGGUGGAGGACGAGGUGUUCGAGGAGUUCUGCCGGGAGAUCGGGGUGAGGAACAUCCGGGAGUUUGAGGAGGAGAAAGUGAAGCGGCAGAACGAGAUUGCCAAGAAAAGGCUGGAGUUUGAGAACCAGAAGACGCGGCUGGGGAUCCAGCUGGAUUUCGAGAAGAACCAGCUGAAGGAGGACCAGGAGAAGGUGCACAUAUGGGAGCAGACCGUCAAGAAGGACGAGGCCGAGAUCGAGAAGCUCAAGAAGGAGGAGCAGCGUCACAUGAAGAUCAUCGACGAGACCAUGGCCCAGCUGCAGGACCUGAAGAACCAGCACCUGGCCAAGAAAUCCGAAGUCAACGACAAGAACCACGAGAUGGAGGAAAUCCGCAAGAAACUGGGCGGGGCCAACAAGGAAAUGACCCACCUGCAGAAGGAGGUGACGGCCAUCGAGACGAAGCUGGAGCAGAAGCGCAGUGACCGCCACAACCUGCUGCAGGCCUGCAAGAUGCAGGACAUCAAACUGCCCCUCUCCAAGGGCACCAUGGACGACAUCAGCCAGGAGGAGGGUGGGGCGCAUGGCGAGGAGCCCGUCAGCAGCUCCCAGCGCACCUCCAACAUGUACGCCCGGGAGGCCCUGAUCGAGAUCGACUACAGCGACCUGUCCGAGGACCUCAAGGAUGCCCAGGCGGAAGACGAGAUCAAGCAGGAGAUGAACCAGCUGCAGCAGAAGCUGAAUGAGCAGCAGAGCGUCCUCCAGCGCAUCGCCGCCCCCAACAUGAAGGCCAUGGAGAAGCUGGAGAGCGUCCGGGAUAAGUUCCAGGAGACCUCCGAUGAGUUUGAGGCAGCCCGGAAGCGCGCCAAGAAGGCCAAGCAGGCAUUCGAGCAGAUCAAGAAGGAGCGAUUUGACCGGUUCAACGCCUGCUUCGAGUCCGUGGCCACGAACAUCGAUGAGAUCUACAAGGCUCUGUCGCGGAACAGCAGCGCCCAAGCGUUCCUGGGUCCGGAGAACCCCGAAGAGCCGUACCUGGAUGGAAUUAAUUACAACUGCGUGGCCCCUGGCAAGCGGUUCCGGCCCAUGGACAACCUGUCCGGAGGGGAGAAAACUGUAGCAGCCUUGGCCCUUCUGUUCGCUAUCCACAGCUACAAACCUGCCCCCUUUUUUGUGCUGGAUGAAAUUGACGCUGCGCUGGACAACACCAAUAUCGGGAAGGUGGCCAACUACAUCAAAGAGCAGUCAGCCUGCAACUUCCAGGCCAUCGUCAUCUCGCUGAAGGAAGAAUUCUACACCAAGGCUGAGAGCCUGAUCGGGGUCUACCCCGAGCAAGGGGACUGCGUGAUCAGCAAAGUGCUGACCUUUGACCUCACCAAGUACCCCGACGCCAACCCGAACCCCAACGAGCAAUGAGCCGGCCGGACGCUGCCACGGGUGGGGGGGAUGUGAUGAGUUAACUCCCCCCCUUUAUUUUAACCAUUUCAUUGCCUCUGCCAGUGCAGUCUGGGGGGGCAGGGGCUAUUAACCCCCCAUCUCUAAGGUGAGGGCCACCUGUCUCCACAAUGCUGGGGGGGGGGGCGGUUUUAUCCUGAGGGGGCUCAAUUCCCCCCACCCUCCGAUGCUAUUUUUAGAAUCAUGCUAUUUAACUUGCUUUUUAAAAUCAGCCCCCGGGGGAUCAGGGUUGGACGUUUUAGCCCUGGUAGGGCUGGAAUUGGGGGCAGGAGUGGUGGGGGGGGAUCACCGGGCUGUUGCUUUUCGAGUCAUCUCUCUGUGUACGUGUGUCUGUGUGUGUGUGGAAUGUGUCUUUUUGCAACAAAAUAAACCAGAUUUUCCCCUUC